AUGAGCGCUUGUGACUAUGUUCAACCAAUGGUGCCGCAACUGGUCGCGGCGCUCAUGGAGGCGAUAGCGCAAGCGAAUUCUGUUCGGCAGGAGGAAUUGGUGGCGGCGGUGAAGAUACAAUCAGCGUACCGCAUGUGGAGGGAGUUUCGUACGUAUCGAGUGGUGAGGAAGGCUGUGGUGUGUGUGCAGCGGAUGUAUCGUGGCCACAUGCAGCGCAAGCGUGUGAUGAAGCGACGGGAGGAGGCGGAGGAGUCGCAUGAAAGGGCUGUCUACGAGUACUACGCAACACGCAUCCAGGCUUGCUUCCGUGGGUACUAUGUGCGGUGUCAUGUAGACAACUUCUUCGCCAGGAAGCUGUACAUUGAGGAAACGCUGAGGGUGUCUUCAGAGGUGCGGGAAAUGGCCACGCAGCUGCACCACGCUCAAGUCGAACGGGACGCGGAAGCACGGCUAACACUUCAGAAACAGAGCUACAAGGAGGCGACAGAGAAGUUGCACCACCUGGUCUCAACGGUGUCUGUGAGUGGCGUCUACAGGCGCCCCAUGGUUCCCUGUUCGACCAUGUCUGUUUAUGGAUCAAGCGUUGAAGGUGAUAUCAGGCAUAAUAGCGAGGCGGCGUUGCGUCCGCAGCACAUACGAAAGGUGCGGGAGACGUUAAAAACGGUUCUGAAAGAACGGCAGAACAACGGGGGAGUGCCUGCAGCUACCGGGGAGGGUUAUUCCACGUGGCCCAAUCAAGGGCGAGUAACCGAUGAUGCGAAAGGGCGUGACAAUGUUUCAAGCUUUCGCAUAUUUCGUGGUGCAUGGAACCGUAGCCGCAUAGAUGGGCGCAGUUUGCCUCCCAUCACAAGCUCCUCCGCGGGAAAUGGGAACAAGCACCUCGGCAAUGUUGUACAGCAUUCAUGUAUAGAUGCUUUUGAGCCUUUGUACGAUACCGAAACGGCCGCUUUGCUGCGUUGCGUAGACACCAAAGAGAUACAAGCCCUGCAUGGUACCAAACCGUUUGUCGUUCCCGCCCCCAGGCGUGUGCCACUUUAG